AUGGGGGAAUCAAAGAAGAAAAGCAGAUCAGUCACAACACAAAGAGCUUGGAGUCUUGUAAGAAUGGCUCUUCUAUGGGGAAGAAAAGGUGGCAUCUUCAAGAAAUGGCACAUGUUCGAGCUACGUAACUUGGUCUCCAAGCAUCUCAAAGCCCUAGCUCAUCAUACAAACAGCAUUGAUAACGGCCGUUAUCUCGGUGAGAAACAACUCUCUUUCGACGAGACCCCGAUCUUUAACGUUAAGAUGCAUCGUCCUGCUUCCAUGAGGUUCCUCUUGCCUUGCAUUGCUCCUCCCGUUGACUUUGAUUGCGACUUUGAAUUGGAUGGUGAAGAUGAUAGCGAUGAUAUUAGAUCCUACGGCUACUAUAAUGGUCCGUGCAAUGAGAAAUGUGAUUGUGCGUCUCAGGAUGAUCAUGAGGAAGAAGAGAAAGGGGUGGAUGCGAGAGCAGAUGAGUUUAUUGCUAAUUUCUAUGAACAGAUGAAGUUGCAGAGGCAAAUCUCUUAUUUGAGAUACAAAGAUCACAAUGACGUUGCGGUAUGCUAUGAUUGAUAACAAAAGGGUUUUCUUUCUUUUUUAUUUAUUUAUGAAGAGAUGUUUCUCUUCUUAAUUAAUUAUCAUUAUUUUUCUUUUCUUUUCAAUUUUGAUGAAAUACAUUACAUGCAAGAACAAGAAAUGGUGAAUGCUAUAUCACAGAUUGUUAAGCCAUUUCUCAUACCAAUAUGAUGAAAACUACAGUUUCUAAUAGAAACUUUCUCAACUUACAUUUUUGGGCCUAUAUAUGUACACAAAAUAACUUUUGGUUGUUAUUCAUAGCAAGAGAUCCUUAUUCGUCAUCAUGAGAACAUUCACU